AUGAUAAUUUUAAUUUUAAUUUUAUAUAUAAUUGGAUUUAUGUCUUUUUUNAUAAAUCGUUAUUAUAUAAUAAUAAUUUUAUUAAGAAUUGAAUAUAUAUAUAUAUCAUUAUUAUUAAUAAUAUGUGUUUAUUUUUCAUUUUUUAAUGUUUUAACAAUUUUUGUUUUUUUAUUAAGAAUUGUAUGUGAGGCUGGGUUAGGAAUAAGAUUAUUAGUAUUAAUAAGNCUUUUUUUUGGAAAUGAAAUAAUUAAAUCAAUAAGAUUAAUUAAAUGUUAA